GCACACCAUCGAUGAGUUGCAGUCCAUGGUGGCCACUGCCCUCGCAGUGUUCCCAGACGCCGCAUCCUUCAUCGAGGCUGCCCAGGAGCGCGCCUCUGCCUCUCGGCCAACCUCCAUCUGCAAGAUGGGCCCCCUGUACCAACUUGACGAGCUCGAGCCCUUAGAAGCUGCCAAGCCGCCAAAGAGGGGUCCGCCAGGCCCCCUGGAGUCGCCAGACUCCAAGCGGGUGCGCAAGGUGCCAACCCUUGUUGAGAACACAGCCGGUGGCGUUGUGAGUGACAAGUGUGGCCAUUUCCCUGUGCAGAAUGGCGUGGCGAUGGCUGUGCCCCGCCCACAGGUUGCCCUUGGCAUGCUGGCAGAUUUGAGCACCGCUCCGCCGGCUUUGGCAAUGCCUCGGGUGCAGAAAGGGUGCACUCAUGGGAGGGGAGAGGAUUUCGGGGAGGGCAGCCAGAGAGCAACUUCUGAGGAUGGGUCGGAGCCACAGCGCACGUAG